AUGUAUUGCCCUGAUUUCGAAGCUUUCUCCGAUUCCAACUCUAUCCCCAACCAAGGUGCCAAAUAUCGUGAUCAUUUCAUGUGGCCGUAUAUCACCCAAGAGGAUCUGUUGAAUACCAAGACACUGCCUAUGCUGUUGAACACACGAAGUCGCUAUCCACCGUCGCAUUUCGCUGCUGUCGAUAUCGAGGCCAUGCGUAUGGGCGUGGUCAGCUGGGCGAUUGUACCCAUCUUGCUGAAUGAGUAUGUUAUGAUUCUGAACGGCCCGAAUGAAAAUACCAGGGACCAUGGAAAGCUUAUGUCUUGGAGCGAACACCCAGAUGCCUUCGAUUGUAUGACUAAGCGAAAACAGUUCAGGCCCGGAGAGGGCCUGCUGGUACUGGAAGCCCAGGAGCGAUUUUUGAUGUUUCGUCUCAAAUGCUGCACACAGGUUCUCCAUGACAUCCCCUAG